AGUCGAGAAGGCAACAGAAACUGAAUCAGACUAGACUUUGAGUCUUGACCCGUCAACCCCCCAAAAAUCUUUAUCUUGCACACUAUCACAAUUCCUUCCCACCUUCCAAUUUUCACAUAUACAACCAGUUAGACUUUUGAGAACAUGGACUUGGAAAGAAGUGAAAAGGAUACUGUGGUUACUCAAGUUAGCAUUGGUGGAUUUGACAGUGAGGUCAAAGCAAGUGAUCUCGUGAAAUACUUGGAAGAUAAAAUUGGACUUGUAGACAGGUGUCGGUUGAAAACUUCUUGGACCCCUCCAGAGUCUUAUCCAGAAUUUGAUAUCAUUGAUACUACGCAGAUUAUGAGAACAGAUGACUAUAAGAAGGUGGAGCCCCAUGCCUUUGUGCAUUUUGCAAUGCCGGAAUAUGUAACUGAGGCCCUCAAUGCUUCGGGUUCUUGUAAUCUAUUUUGGAAGAAUCAAACAUUAAAGGUCAGCCGUGGGCCUCAGAAUCCAUACUUCCUGAACCAAAGGAGGAGAACUACAACUCCUUUUAAGCUGUCCGAUGUAAUUGUUGAAAUUGGGACUUUGGUUAACCCAGAGGAUUUUUUUGUUGCUUGGAGAGGACCUGAUAAAGGGGUAAACUUUCUAGUUGAUCCUUUUGAUGGCAUCUGCAGGCUUUGUUUCAGUAGAGAUACUGCAUUCUCAUUCAAAGGAGAAAAAAAAAAAGCAGUGAUAAAGUGUGAUAUUCAGGUUGGGUUCUUGGUUAGAGACAUAAAUGAGAUCAAGAGAUAUGAUGAUACAUCUUAUCAUGUUGUUUUAUUACAACUAGCUUCAUCACCUUGGGUUUGGUACAGAACUGCAGAUGAUGACAUUGAAGAAUUAGUUCCAUUUGAUUUGCUGGAUGAUGAUGAUCCUUGGAUUAGGACCACUGAUUUUACACCUAGUGGAGCCGUUGGUCGAUGCAAUUUUUAUAGAAUUUCAAUCCCACCUCGCUAUGGUGCAAAAUUGAAGAGGGCUAUGCUUUAUCUGCAUGGUCAAAGAGUGCAGGUGGUUCCACUUAAACGGCUGCUUAGGAUACUGGAUGAACCUGAUUUUGGGGUGCCAAAGUCAGAUCCUUUCUUCUUUAUUCAUUUUCAUAAGGGCAUUACUUUUGACAUAAUGUUCUUGGUUAAUGCAAUCAUACACAAAGGUAUAUUCAAUCAGCACAGAUUGUCGGAUAGGUUUUAUGAAUUGCUGAAAAAUCAACCUAACGUGGUCAAUGUGGCCGCCCUGAGGCACAUAUGUUCUUACAAGCGCCCAGUGUUUGAUGCAGUUAAGAGGCUAAAAAUGGUCCAAGAUUGGUUGCUCAGAAACCCAAAACUUUAUCAGAGCUCUAAACAGCUAGAUGAUAUUGUUGAGGUUAGAAGACUGGUUAUCACUCCAACAAAAGCCUAUUGUAUACCACCAGAAGUUGAAUUGUCCAACAGGGUUCUCAGGAGAUUCAGAGAAGUUUCAGAUCGUUUCUUGAGAGUUACCUUUAUGGAUGAAGGCAUGCAAACAAUUAAUGUGAAUGCUCUUAACUAUUAUGUUGCUCCAAUAGUGAAGGAAAUCACAUCGAACUCCUUUCCACAGAAGACAAAAAUAUAUCAAAGGGUGAAGACUAUCCUGGAAAAGGGAUUUAACUUUUGUGACCGAAAAUAUUCAUUUUUAGCCUUUUCAUCCAAUCAACUUAGAGAUCGUUCUGCUUGGUUUUUUGCUGAAGGCAACGACAUAAGAUGUGAUAAUAUAAGAAAUUGGAUGGGUAAGUUUAGUCAGAAGAAUGUUGCGAAAUGUGCUGCUAGGAUGGGACUAUGCUUCUCGUCUACUUAUGCAACAGUGGAAGUUGCUGCAAAUGAAGUUAACUCCAUGCUACCUGAUGUUAAGAGGAGUAAGUAUGUUUUCUCUGAUGGUAUUGGUAUUAUCACUCCUGAUCUUGCAGGUGAAGUUGCAGAAAAGUUGAAAUUGGAUAAUGUACCCUCUGCUUACCAGAUAAGAUAUGCUGGUUUUAAAGGGGUCGUAGCCUCUUGGCCCGAUAAAGGGGAUGGGUUUAGACUUUCUUUGAGGCCUAGUAUGGAUAAGUUUCAAUCUGCUAGUACUACCUUGGAGAUUUGUGCUUGGACAAGGUUUCAGCCCGGUUUUCUUAACAGGCAGAUUAUAACAUUGCUUUCAGCACUGGAUGUAGCUGAUGAAAUAUUUUGGAAAAUGCAGGAGGCAAUGAUUUCAAGGUUAAAUCAAAUGCUUGUGGAUGCAGAUGUGGCUUUUGAUGUUCUCACUAAAUCUUGUGCUGAGCAUGGAAAUGCUGCAGCAAUAAUGUUAAGUUGUGGCUUCAGUCCCCAAAAAGAACCUCAUCUUAGAGGAAUGUUAACUUCUAUACGUGCUGCGCAGCUUUGGGGCCUUAGAGAAAAGUCUAGGAUUUUUGUAUCAUCUGGGCGAUGGUUGAUGGGUGUGUUUGAUGAAUUGGGUGUGCUUGAACAAGGGCAGUGCUUCGUUCAAGUUUCUUCUCCUUCUCUUGAAAAUUGUUUCUCAAAGCAUGGCUCAAGAUUUUCGGGGACAAAGAAUCUGCAUGUAGUUAAAGGUUUUGUGGUUAUUGCCAAAAAUCCUUGUCUUCACCCAGGAGAUGUAAGAGUUUUGGAGGCAGUUGAUGCCCCUGAUUUACAUCAUUUAUAUGAUUGUCUUGUUUUCCCUCAAAAGGGUGACAGACCACAUACAAAUGAAGCUUCUGGAAGUGACCUUGAUGGGGAUCUAUAUUUUGUCACGUGGGAUGAAAAUCUUAUUCCUCCUAGUAAGAGGAGCUGGAUACCUAUGGAGUACGAUCCUCAAGAAAGCAAACUUCAGACACGUCAAGUCACUAUCAAGGACAUCAUAGAAUUUUUUGUCAAAAACAUGGUAAAUGAGCAUUUGGGUGCAAUCUGCAAUGCACAUGUGGUACAUGCUGAUUGUAGUGACUACGGUGCCUUGGAUGAGAAAUGCAUAAAGCUGGCUGAGUUAGCAGCCCUUGCUGUUGAUUUUCCAAAGACCGGGAAGCUGGUCGCUAUGCCUCCUCAUCUGAAACCAAAACUGUACCCUGACUUUUUAGGGAAAGAGCCGCACCUGUCUUACAAGUCCAAGAAAAUCCUGGGUAGACUUUACCGGCGUAUCAAAGAUGCUUAUGAUGAAGAUAUUGAUGCAGCUGAUUUGAAAUACGGGACAGGUGAUAUACCUUAUGAUAUGGAUCUCGAGGUUUCGGGAUCUGCUGAUUUUAUUGCUGAUGCAUGGGAACAAAAGUGCUCCUAUGAUGGCCAGUUGAGUGCAUUACUAGGCCAAUACAAAGUGAAAAGAGAAGAAGAAGUUGUCACUGGACAGAUCUGGUCCAUGCCAAAAUACAACAGUAGGAAGCAAGGGGAGCUUAAGGAAAGGCUCAAGCACUCAUAUAGUGCCCUGAAAAAAGAAUUUAGGCAAACUUUUGAGAAAUUGAAUUCAGAUGUAGGAGAAUUAACCGAUGAAGAAAAAAAUUUGUUGUAUGAACAGAAAGCUUCAGCCUGGUAUCAGGUGACAUAUCAUCCUAAAUGGGUGAAAAAAUCCCUUGAUCUGCAAAUUAAAUCCCCAGAGAGCCAAGAGCCAGAUAGUUUGGGGAGCAUGGUGAUGCUGAGUUUUCCUUGGAUUGCAGUUGAUUACCUAGCCUGCACAAAGGUAAGGCAUCGGCUAUCUGGAAAAUUUGAUUCAACUAAGCCAGUUGAUUCUCUGGCAAGGUAUCUGUCUGAAAGGUUAUGAAUCUAUUGUGCUUAGUGUCGGCUACAAGGCCACUCUGCCAUUCUCAGAUAUGACAAUGAACUUGUGUUUAAUAUCCUUGAUAAAUUGGUUUUCUUUUGGUGUUCGGUUAAACUGCUUUGCUUGUGACUAGGUUUUUCUCCAAUUACUGUUCCCAAGCCAGGAGUUGCCUUUGCUGUUGAAACUUCUUCAUAUUGUAAUCAGUUACAUUUUGUAUUGGCCACUAUUUUCUACUUUUCUUUGUUGUGCAUGUGGUUAUUUUG